UUUACAGGCUACAGUGUGUGCUACAUUUCACUUCUCGAAUAGUCAUCAAAUGACUUCAUGCGAUAAAAGAAGAAAUCGGAGCACGAGCAGGUCCAAAAUCCGAUGAGAAUCGAAGUGUGCUCAAAGAAGAGUUGUACAAAAUCAACGCGAAAGAAAACAAAAUUCACAUCAAACUGUUGUCGGAAACAAUUUCACAAUCGGCGUUACCGACAAAGUCCUCAUGAAAGAGCAGACUUAGCUUGGAUGGGAAAGCUAGAUUGUACGUGGCACAAAGCCUCGUCGAGUAACAAAGCGGUAGAAAGUCCAAACACUUUACGUUCGCCAGACGACCAAGUGCUGUUCUUCUCCUCAAAAACGUUGCCAAAAUUGCUUGCUGUAGGUCGCGACAGACCUGCAGUAGAUGGGCAUUCGUGAUCAUUAGCAGAAGUAUCUACUGUUCUCUCUGUUGGAGAAUUGGAUGAUACGACUUGUUCAUCGAAGUCUGAUGGUAGCCAUUUUCCAGACGGCCAUUUCUGCAACCCGAGCUGCCGGCAAGCAGUUUUCAGUGCCGUCAAAGAAAUGCCCAGAUAUCCAGCAGCAUCUCCUUGCCUCAAAUGAAAUAAAGAGAUGAUGUCUUGACGUGUUAGUGUAACAGCAGUCCGCUUCAGAGGAUGUACUGACUUUCCAUGCUUUCGCCUUGGUACGAUCCGUGCAACCUUUUCUGAAUUAUUCAAAGGCUCCACCUUCUUGAUGUCGUCAUGCCUCGAUGAGCAAAGUGUAGUAUCUUCCAUCGAACAAGUAUUCAAUGAUUUCGAGAGCUAUCAGAAAUGGCUGGAGUUCUCUGCAAAACAAUCAAAGCUUCUUGAGAAAGUUCUUGGAAACGGUACGGAGAGGAAGGUAACAGCUGAUGAGAAGGGAAAGUGACGGUCAGAAGGAAGUAUGUUGCGGGGUAUGGGCUAAUCACAGUGCGAGGAACAAGUGGGAAGGAAAC